CCUGUCAGCGUGUACUUUCACUUUACGCACAUAUUGAGUUGUGUGACACUCGCAGAGGAUUUCCACCCAAAAUUACAACAAAACCACGACAUAAACUUUAAUUUUAAAGCCAUGUUCGAUGGAGUCGUAGGGUGAGGGUGUAAUUUCGCGGGUUCAGUCUUCUUACUUAAACACUGAACAAGAACACGGACCGUAAACAACGCGGUUAGCUAACUCUGCAGCAACAAUGUUCUGACACAAAGUGAGCUGUCACCUGAAGACUCUGACCUGCUGCACGGCAGAGGUCCUUUGCACUGUUCCCAGUGGCUGCAGCAGGCCUCAGGCUAUGGAGCAGACUGCACCCAAACAGAGCCAGCUGUGUGGCUCCUGGGAGAUGAAGGGGAAACUUGGGAAGGGAAGCUUUGGGCACGUCUACCUGUACCAGCACCUUGAGUUGGGCUCGAAGAUUGCUGUGAAACUUUGCCGCCUGGAGCUAGACUCCAAGAAAAAAGACCGCUGGUGCAAAGAGAUUCAGAUAAUGAAGAAGCUGAACCAUGUGAACAUUGUCCAGGUCAAAGAAGUACCAGAAGAAAUGAGCUCCAUUGCUUUAAAUGACAUACCGCUGCUGGCCAUGGAGUACUGCUCGAGAGGAAGCCUACGCAAGCUGCUGAGUAAACCAGAAAAUUGCUGUGGACUGAAGGAGAGUGAGGUCCUUUUGCUGCUCAGUGACAUUGGUUCUGGUAUCCAGUAUCUACAUGAAAAUAAGGUCAUUCAUAGAGACCUAAAGCCAGAGAACAUAGUUUUACAAGAGGCUGAUGGGAAGCUAGUCCAUAAAAUCAUAGAUAUGGGUUAUGCUAAGGACCUGGAACAGGGCAGUCUGUGUACAUCCUUUGUUGGAACUCUCCAGUAUCUGGCUCCAGAGCUGUUUGAAAGUAAACCCUACACUGUAACUGUGGACUACUGGAGCUUUGGAACAGUGAUCUUUGAAUGCACUUGUGGCUUUCGCCCCUUUCUGCACCACAUGCAGCCUGUACAAUGUAGGACAAGCAAAGUCAAGAACAAAGGUCCCAAAGACAUCAUGGCAGUAGAGGACAUGAAUGGAGAAGUCAGAUUUUCCUCACAUCUUCCAUAUCCAAACAACCUCAGCAGGCCUUUGCUGGAACCAGUCGAGUCUCUUCUGCAGAUGUUGCUACUGUGGGACCCUGUGAUGCGCGGUGGAGCUCUGGAUCCCGACACAAACAAGCCAUACUGCUUCACCACUCUGCAGAAUAUUCUCAACAUGAAGGUCAUCCAUGUGUUGGACAUGACGUCAGCACAGCUGCACUCAAUGGUUUUGGGCGCUGAGGAGAACUUACUCUCCCUGCAGCUUCGUCUGGAGACCCACACUCAGACACACAUCUCCCCACUGAGUCAAGAGCUGCUGCUGGAGACGGGAAUCUCCCUCGACCCACGCAGACCACCUGCACACUGUCUGCCAGAUGGAUUGCAUGGCUGGGACACCUUCAUAGUCUUCCUGUUUGAUAAGAGCCUGACCAAGUACUCUGGACCACUGACUGCCAGACCUCUGCCAGACAGUGUCAACUUUAUAGUCAGGGAGACUAAGACACAGCUGCCACUGUCUGCUCUUAAAAAGGUGUGGGGCGAAGCAGUCAGCUACAUCUGUGGUUUGAAAGAGGACUACAUUCGACUGUACCAGGGACAGAGAGCUGCCAUGCUGAGUCUGCUGCGUUACAACACCAACUUAACGCGGUACAAGAACCUGCUGUUCUCCCAGUCGCAGCAGCUCCGAGCCAAACUGGGGUUCUUUAAGUGUAGCAUUCAGCAAGACCUUGAGCAGUACACUAGGCAGAGGAACACCGGCAUCUCUUCAGAAAAAAUGCUGAAGUCAUGGCAGGACAAUGAAGAGAAGGCUGAUGGGUUUACAAAGGUUGCAGAUGUGGGGUAUCUGGAUGAAGAGAUUGUGGCUCUGCAUUCUGAGAUUGUGGAGCUGCAGAGGAGUCCGUUUGCGAGGAGACAGGAGGACAUGAUGGAACAACUUGAAAAAAAGGCAAUUGAACUCUACAAGCAACUGAAAACUAAAUGCAAAAGUCCUGACCCUCCACAUGGCUACAGUGACAGCUCAGAAAUGGUGAAGACUAUACUCCAGACAGUUCAGAACCAGGACAGAGUACUAAAAGACUUGUACACUCACCUGAGCACAAUUCUGGUGUGUAAGCAACGUAUUGUGGAUUUGUUCCCAAAGUUGGAGAGGGCGAUAGAGAACAUUAAAACUGCAGAGGAAGCAGUGAUGCAGAUGCAACUGAAGAGACAGAGGGAGUUCUGGUACCUCCUCAGGAUUGUCUGUGCUCAGGGCAGUGCUCAAUGUGCAGCACUUAGAAAACAACGUGCUGACAGUGAAACGGUUCAUCAAUUACUGGAUGAAAAUCAACGUUAUCUGAGUCAGCUCACUGCUUUGCUACAAGAUGCCACCCAGGAGAUGGAGCACAGUGUCAUGGAACAGGACUGGAGCUGGACUCAGUACGACUCAGUGAAAGUGGAAGCUCAGAACCUGUAGAAACUGGCCAAAGAUUCUUUACUGUAAAAAGUGCCUUACAAGAGUUACACUAUCUGAAAGCUUUGUAAUUCCAGACUGUGUCAUUUAGAUGUAUGUAAUGCUGUAAUACAAUGAAACAGCAUGAUUUGAUAAACUAUUCAUGUUUUUACUUUAAAAUAUGUUAUUGAAUAGUAAACAGUAUUUCCAAGUGUAGCUAUGGUGUAUUUAUUUAACUGAUAAUAUUGAUUGGAGUAAAACAUUGCUGCUAACCAACUAUGCAUGAUGGAAUGUAAAUAAAUUUUUAUAAAUGUAAGGCAAAUA